AAACAUCUCACAAUUUGUUGUAUUACCAACUAAAUUUGUCUGAUUGUAGUACUAAAACCACUGCUUGGUGUGUGUCUAGGCCUGGCUCUACCCCCUGCUCCUACAAAAAUAAACAAAAUAAAAUAAAAUGGAAGUAGUUCAGCAGCGUAUUGUGGUGUAAAAUCAACUUACUUCCAAACACACAUAUACAUACACACAGAUAGACAUUUGCGCGCUGUCACGAGGUAUUUGACGGCUACCUCUAACCUAUUUUACGCGUAUCACGAAGUAAUUCCGGCUACAGCAAACCUAUUUUGCGCAUUUCUUAAAACCUUCUUGGCGGUUUUAUAUAUCAAAAUAGUGUUUCUCACCCUCAGACGUUUCACUGGUGGUUCGGAUCGUCAGACUGAAUCCCACCGCCGUGGACCAGACUAAAAACACCGGCCUGGACCCGAAUUUUAACGUCCCAGGUCUUUCGGCCUCAUCUAAGAGGGCUGUGCACAGACUUCGGUGCUGGCUUCCCACGGCGUCAGGAAACAGUAUGCCAGAUCCUGGAACAUAGUCACAGAUAACAGUUCUGAUAUUUCUGAUCCGGCUCGAAGGACCAAAAUCAAUGUCAAGAGAUUUAUUCUGAAGACACUUCUUCAGCUGAGAGUCUAAGGGUAGAAACACACACAGACACUUUUUCACUUGUAUACAACGGCAGUCACAGAACGCUCACACUAGAGUGGGGGCCCUGUGAUGCGCACUCUGUUCUUGCACUUGUCUUUAUUUAUAUACAAAAGUAAUACAACAGUGAAUACGUCUAUUCAUAGGCAGAGGAAAGUUAGUGUGUAGGGAGUGAAGAUAAGAGUGGUUUAGGUGUAUGCAUGUGUGUUGUGGGAUACAGAAAGACGCGGCCUCUCUUCUUGUUAGGGAGCAUCAGAUAAGAGUGUCCAGCUCUCCUCUUCCUGGCAGGAGUGAAAUAAUAACAGCUUAUUCAGCUGUGAGAAAGAAUUUAUAAAACAGUCCUGUAGUGGACAACAGUCUAAGUCAUCAAAAGGUCAUCAUGCAAUAUUCUUAUAUCAUUAAAAGCUUAUACUGACUACCAAUACAACUCUCCAUUGACACAAACUUCAAGAGUUUUAUGUCCGUAUGAGGCCGCACGCUGAUUGGAUAACCACCUGUCAGUCUCAAGUUAUCAGCCAAUGAGCGCUUAGAUUCACAGUAAGACCUUAUCACAGCGUUUUUUAAACUAAAAUGGCGACAGUAAAACUGUAACGUGUCCUGUAAUCUAUAAACAUUCUGUGAUGAAUAAUCUGAAGUCAUUUUGAGCCUGACAGUAGUUUCCUGUCACAGAGUAGAAGCUGCAGGCAGUUUUUGGCACCUUUAUAUUUAAUUUAUUCCAAAAUAAAUCAAUAAAGGUAGAAAAGAACUCUCAGUGACAUUAAAAUCUAUUUUUAAAGACAGAUGUGACAAAGUGCAACAAAUAUAAGAUGACACGUUUACAGAUAUUUGAAGUAUUGAUCAUAUGUAGAACACAGAGCAGGUCCAAUAACACAGAGUCAUCCUGCUCUCAAACAGCACUUUGGUUUCAUGAGCUCACUUCCUGCAGUGAUCCUCAGCUUCUCUCCAAAGGAGCCGUAACAUGUGGGCUCCUCAGCAUGAUGAUGAUCCCAAACACACUGAGUUCCUUCAUCCACCUGAUCAUACUAACUCCACCCUGACAUUGAGAAGAUGGAGGAAGAGGACGGAGCAGCAUCUGCAGCAUCCAGCUGUGUGUCUGUGAGGAGUGAUGGGGUCACACAAACACCUCCACAUUACAGUCAUGGACCUGCAGCAACAAAGUUCUUCAAUCAUGGAGCUCAGCUGAACAUAGGUCAGAGGUCACAGUCUCCAGUAUCCAGCUGUGUGUCUGUGAGGAGUGACUGGUCCAAUGGCAUACUUCCUCCAGCCUUCAGUCAUGAACCUGCAGCAACAAAGUUCUUCAAUCAUGGAGCUCAGCUGACCAUGGGUCAGAGGUCACAGUCUCCAGUAUCCAGCUGUGUGUCUGUGAGGAGUGACUGGUCCAAAGAGAUACUUCCUCCAGUCUUCAGUCAUGAACCUGCACCAACAGUGAACUUCAUUCAUGGAGCUCAGCUGACCAUAGGUCAGAGGUCACAGUCUCCAGUAUCCAGCUGUGUGUCUGUGAGGAGUGACUGGUCCAAUGACAUACUUCCUCCAGCCUUCAGUCAUGAACCUGCAGCAACAAAGUUCUUCAUUCAUGGAGCUCAGCUGACCAUAGGGAGGAAGAGGAGUGGUGUUUGUGAGGAGGAGCAGCUGUCCUGCUGUGCUUUGUGUCAUUACGUCCUGAAGGAUCCAGUCUCUACCAGCUGUGGACACUGGUUCUGCAGACAGUGCAUCUCCUCAUACUGGGACCAGUCUGCUUCAUCAGUAGACUCCUCCUGUCCCCAGUGUGGAGAAAGAUCCAGAACCAGAGCUGGACUGCAGACGGCCACAGAUGUUGGUCUGCAGGAGGUUUUAGAUGAACAUAAGAUCAGUCUGAGGAGGAGAUGUGAAAGUGUGACUGAAGGAAGUGAUGAAACAGGAAGUAGAACCCUCUUCAACAGGAUCUACACUGAGCUCUACAUCACAGAGGGACAGAGUGAAGAGGUUCAUACCCAACAUGAGGUGAGGCAGCUGGAGACAGCUUCCAAAAUGGACACCCUCCAUGGCACUCCAAUCAGGUGCCAGGACAUCUUUAAAGCCUUCCAUGACCAACAGAGAUCCAUCAGAGUGGUUCUGACCAACGGCAUGGCUGGUGUUGGGAAAACCUUCUCAGUGCAGAAGUUCACUCUGGACUGGGCAGAGGGCUCGGAGAACCAACACAUCAGUGUGGUGGUUCUGCUUUCAUUCAGGGAGCUGAACUUGGUCAGAGAUGAGCAGUACAGUCUCCUGGAGCUGAUCCAUGUUUUCUAUCCAACAUUACAGAGCGUCACAGCAGAGCAGCUCACUGUGUGUAAUCUUUUGUUCAUCUUUGAUGGCCUGGAUGAAAGCAGAUUUUCAUUGGAUUUCACCAACAGGAAGCUUGUGUCUGAUGUCACACAGAAGUCAUCAGUCAGCCAGCUGCUGACAAACCUCAUCGAGGGGAAUCUGCUUCCCUCAGCUCUCAUCUGGAUAACUUCCCGACCUGCAGCAGCCAAUCAGAUCCCUCCUAAAUGUGUUGACAGGCUAACAGAAGUACGAGGCUUCACUGACGCCCAGAAGGAGGAGUACUUCAGGAGGAGAUUCAGUGAUGAAGAGCUGUCCAGCAGAAUCAUCUCCCACAUAAAGACAUCCAGGAGCCUCCACAUCAUGUGUAGAAUCCCAGUCUUCUGCUGGAUCACUGCUACAGUUCUGGAGCACAUGUUGACUACAGAGGAGAGAGGAGAGCUGCCCAAGACCCUGACUGACAUGUACUCACACUUCCUGCUGGUUCAGACAAAGAGGAAGAAGAACAAGUACAAUGGGGGACAUGAGACGAGUCCACAGGAGCUGAUGGAGGCUGACAGGGAAGUUCUUCUGAAGCUGGGGAGGCUGGCGUUUGAACAUCUGGAGAGAGGAAACAUCCUGUUCUACCAAGAAGACUUGGAGCAGUGUGGACUGGAUGUCACAGAGGCCUCGGUGUACUCAGGAGUUUGUACAGAGAUCUUCAAAAGAGAGUGUGUGAUCUUCCAGAAACCAGUUUACUGCUUUGUUCAUCUGAGCAUUCAGGAGUUUCUGGCUGCAGUCUACAUGUUCCACUGUUACACCAACAGGAAGACAGAGGUGCUGAAGAACUUCCUAAAGAGAGACUGGACUGAGGAGGAGGAAUACAAUGAUGAUGAUGAUGAUGGUGAGGAGGAGGAAUACGAUGAUGAUGAUGAUGAUGGUGAGGAGGAGGAAUACGAUGAUGAUGAUGGUGAAGAUGAUGAUUACCAAUGUAUUCUGGAUGAUUUCCUUGAACGAGCCAUGGAGAAAUCCCUCCAGAGUAAAAAUGGCCUCCUGGACCUGUUUGUUCGCUUCCUUCAUGGCCUCUGUCUGGAGUCCAACCAGAGACUCUUAGGAAGUCUGCUGGGUCAGACAGAGAUCAGUCCAGAAACCAUCCAGACAGUCAUCAACAACCUGAAGGAGAUGAACAGUGAUAAAAUCUCUCCUGACAGAAGCAUCAACAUCUUCCACUGUCUGAUGGAGAUGAACGACCUCUCAGUACACCAGGAGAUCCAAGAGUUCCUGAAGUCAGAGAACAGAUCAGAGAAACUCUCUGAGAUCCACUGCUCAGCUCUGGCCUUCAUGCUGCAGAUGUCAGAGGAGGUUCUGGAUGACUUUGACCUGCAGAAGUACAACACAUCAUCAGAGGGACGACGUCGACUGACUGCAGCUGUGAGGAACUGCAGAAAGGCUCGACUGAUUAACUGUGGACUCUCAGAGACUCACUGUGAAGCUGUGGCCUCAGCCCUGAAGUCCAACCCCUCCCAUCUGACAGAGCUGGACAUGAGUAAGAACAAACUGCAGAAUUCAGGUGUGAAGCUUCUGUGUGCUGGACUGGAGAGUCCAAACUGUCGACUGGAGACUCUGAGACUGACUCAGUGUGGACUCUCAGAGACUCACUGUGAAGUUGUGGCCUCAGCCCUGAAGUCCAACCCCUCCCAUCUGACACAGCUGGACAUGAGUAAGAACAAACUGCAGGAUUCAGGUGUGAAGCUUCUGUGUGCUGGACUGGAGAGUCCAAACUGUCGACUGGAGACUCUGAGGUGA